AUGGAGGAACUGAAAAGACUUAUAUGGAGGACUUUGUCUUCAGCAAUAAGAUCUAAAGGAGAUAUUAUUUUAACAGUUGCGUCUAGCGGAAUUGUAUCAUUUUUAUUACCCGGAGGUCGAACAUCGCAUUCAAAAUUUGCUAUACCACUCAAUGCAACUGAAGAUUCAACAUGUAAUAUAAAACAGGGAAACCUUCUUGCAAGUUUGAUAGUGAAGACAAAGUUAAUUAUUUGGGAUGAGGGACCAACGAUGCAUAGAUAUUGUUUUGAAGCUCUUGACAAAACUUUAAGAGAUAUUCUUAGAUUUGAAGAUAUAUCUAAUUUAGAUCGGCCAUUUGGAGUUAAAACAGUUGUACUUGGUGGAGACUUUAGACAAAUUCUACCGGUCAUUACAAAAGAUUGGAUUUUAGCUGUUGGAGAUGGUAUGAUUGGUAAUUCAGUUGAUGGAAUUGGAAAAGUUCCUAUACCUGAUGAUGUUCUUAUUAGUGAUUGUGAAGAUCCUGUUUCUGCCAUUGUCAAUAGUACAUAUACAGAUUUUUAUUCACAUUACAGUGAUGUAACAUACAUACAGAAAAGAGCAAUUCUUGCUCCCACACUUGACAUGGUAGAAUCAAUCAAUGAGCAUAUGGUAUCGCUCAAUCAAAGUGAAGGAACAACCUUCUUCAGUUCAGAUACAAUAUGUCUUUCAGAAGAGACAUUUACAGGUUUGGAAUAA